CUUCACUUUCCUGUUUCCCCUUUUAUUUUUCAGUUUAUUCCUUAUAAAAAAUGGAGAACGUUCAAGCUACGCUUGAAUUUUCUCUACAUCUUCACCAAUAUCAAGGUCUAUUUCCAGCAGAAAUAGGGAAUUAUAGAAUUGGGGCAUCGAUCAACAUUCCGAGGAGCAUCCCCCACGCAACUGAAGCACGGAUUUUCCACACUAGAGAUGGUUUGGAGUAUCCAGCUACAGUCGAAGGAAAAGACGUUUGCAGCAGCGUAUUUAGAAUAAAUCACGACCAGCUGCCUGUUGAAAUCGAUGAUGUUGUGAUCUUCAGCAUUAAUGCCCUCCUGGAUGAGAGUAAAAUUGAAGAGACUCUGAAUGCCCUGGAGAGCAAGCUGAUCUUCAACCUCUACUAUGCAGAGAUGUGCUUCGAAUUCAACAACUUUGAGCACAUGGAUCUGAUCUGCAGCCAAGAAGUGACCGUGCGUUUUAACCUGCACGGCGGGAUCCAUGACCACAUGAACGUGGUGUUUGUCGAUCUUACUGAAUUGUCGAUCACCGUUCAUGGCCUGUUGGUUGUAUUGCAACCCGCGCUGAUGAGAUUUGAAGACAAAAGGUCAGUAUUCACCAGGAUUCUCCCCAGCCGGUGGAUGAAGACUAAAGUCCCGAAGAUGGAAAGUGUCAUCUUUGGCAAAAACUUCAAAAAGAAAUUGGCAGCGGAUGGUAAAAGCUCAGUGAUAGAAGGACAAUACCUGCAGCACGCCUACCGUUUCCUCUCUGCGCUACGGUCCUGCUUGCUGCUUUCCUACGAUGGAUUCUACAGCUAUUUCAGCUCAGUGUCGGAAACGCUGCCUUCCCCCUGCAAGCUGGAGCUCGAAAACCUUAAUAUGAAAGCCCGGCUCAGCGACUUAUCUGACAAAGUGACAGAAAUAGAAGACCCCAGUGAUCUGGCAGAAGCAAUAAAUGCCAGCCUAUUAGAGCUGUCGGCUCAACUCCUCAAUCUGUGGGGAACAUUUCUACAAUUCUCCUUAAAAGAAGAAAUGGAAGCCUUUAUUAGACAAGAACUUCAGAAAAUAAGGGAAGAAAAGUUGAGUAAAUCGUUCUUUUCUACUGAGCAUCCCAGACAAGAAGCUCUUUCCUAUGAUGAGAAGAUUGCCCAAAGCCAUAAACAGAUUUCUAAAGAAAAGAAAAAAUCUCCGAAAGUCCAUUGUCCUCUCGAGAGCCUAGUAAUGGACAUCCUAAGAUCUCCUCCGGUGAUCUUUGAAGACCGGUACUUGGAACCAGUCCCAAUCGAUGAUUCUUCAUCCCCUGAUGUUUCUCCUGAAGAGGAACUUGAGCCAAGAGAUGAUAUUAUUGAGAAACUAGGGGAAGAAACUGGCUCAAGGGACAACUUCAGUGAGGAUUCUUUAAUGCGAGAGUUGUAUAGGAUCAAAGAAGAACUGAGACAACUCAUACAAUCGUCCCUUUGCACUGACCUUCUUACUCUGGCUCCCAAAUACCUUUGUCUCAGCUUGGUGCUGGACAACAGCUCCUAUGAAGGGAUAUUUGUGCAUUUUAAGAUGAGCCAUAAAUAUGUUAAAAACAAGCAGCGAGUAUUCAUAUCCUUUAGCCAUGGAUUGAUUGGUGGAAGACCGAAUCUCCUCCUGAAUAUAGGAAAAAAGGAGGAUAUUCUGGCUGGAUUUAAUUCUCUGGCUAAUGACCUCGUCGAUCAAAUUGUAGCACUUAAGAGAUCUAAAGGUCUGGACAUAUCAAGGAUCAGAUUGCUUCUGAACGGCAGUGAGAACGGCAAAAGGGAUCUUCUUUGGGAUGUAUCCCCCAUAAUAGAGGACGUCCCUAGGGAGGAAAGUUCUAGUUCUGUUGUGGAAAGAGAUGAGAGCAUCUCCUAUAGAUCCAAAGAGAAUCUUCUACUAGAGUCCGACAAAGGGGAAGAGUGUGCGUCCCUUAAACUCAGCACGAUAUCCUUCGAUAACAAGGACUCCAGUAGAGAAGAUAACGGAACCCAUCUAAUUGUCUGUGCGCACGGUCUGGGUGGUUCCAAUUUUGAUCUGAUGCUUGUGCGGCAUUACAUCGAGGCUGGAGUGACACGCGGAAAUACCUACUUCCUAAUGUCUGAGAGCUACACGGACUAUAUCUCCCUUAAGGAUAUUGAUUUCUUAGCCACGUGUCUCCUAUAUGAAAUAUUAAAUCAUAUAAGAAGGAACUUUAUGACUGUUUCCAGGAUCAGCUUUAUCGGCUUUUCUUUAGGCAAUGUAAUAAUACGCGCCCUUCUGUGCCACCCUGAGUUUAAAGCCUACCUUGGGAAGUUGCACACCUUCCUAUCCUUUGGGGGCCCACAUUUGGGCCUCCUGUACCACAGCAGUAUUCCGGUUAAAAUAGGCAUGUGGUGUCUACGAUGGAAGAAGAAUCAUUGCAUGAUGCAACAGGCGUCAUUAGCUGAUGACCGAGACCCGAGACAGACGUUCAUCUACAAACUUAGCCAGAAACCAGGUUUGGAGCACUUCAGGAACUUGGUUCUAGUGAGCUCGUUACAGGAUAAGAUGGUCCCUUAUCAUUCGGCUUGCAUUGAGAUGUGCAAAGCCGCUCUGAGGAGCAAUACGUUAGGAACCGUCUAUAGUGAGAUGGUCCAAAACAUCCUCGAGCCAGUUCUAAAGAACAAGAACUGUAACUUUGUGAGAUACGAUUUUGGCUUGGAUCUGCCCACAACGUGCUGCUCUAUCAUUGAUAAUGCAGCCCACUGCGUGUUAAUUGCAUCUUGGCAAGUUUUGGAAAAUUUCUUUCAAAAUGCUGCUCUCGAUUAUUUUAAAUAGAAGAAAUGCAAGACUAAAACAUCACGUUAUCCAUGAUGCCAAGGCUUUCAAGAGAUCCAACUUAUUCCCGUUGAAUGAUGAAGCACAUAUGAAUCGUCGCUGCCACCGACCUUUGCCUGUUACAUUGCAUAUAUGCAAAGGUCGGUGGCAGGCAGCGACCAGUCGUAAGUCAGGAACAGGCAAAAGUCAAAUACCAGCAGGAAUCAGAAAAAUAAAAGCGUCAGCAAAGUUAGAAUAGUCAUAACCAGCUUGGGCACUAAAUCAAACAAGGCCCCCCGGGGCUCCUUACACCCCAGUUGAAGUUCGUAGUUGGUCUAGCCGGCACUAGUGACCCAUAUGUACCCCAAUCAUUCUGGUUCGUUGUCAGCUUCUGUAGUCCCUCUUUGUCAUCAACCAAAUGACUCGGAUGUCGCCGCUGUCCUUCAUCAUUGUGCACCUUGCGAGGUUCUCUUCGUAUUAACAUGUGUAGGAUCGCUGUCAACUCUGCCGCAGAAAGUCCAGGGCCCCAAAAGGGCUUUGGUGAAUACCAUGGUUGGCAGGGCUCUCCUGCUACACUUAAGAGGAUUUGUUGUUUUACAGUCGGUAACAUGGGGCCGUUACAAGAGCGGCAAAUAUUAGGUCUUAAAUACACCUAUCUCGUUGGGUUUGCUGCCCAUGUUGCCUUUAUAUGAAGAGCACAUUAAGUUCAGGUGAGAUGCUGAAAGCCUACCAUACCUUGUGGCACAAUUCAUUAACGGUGACAUUGAUUUAUAUCUGUUUGUGCUGAUUAUAUUAGGUCUUAAAUACACCUAUCUCGUUGGGUUUGCUGCCCAUGUUGCCUUUAUAUGAAGAGCACAUUAAGUUCAGGUGAGAUGCUGAAAGCCUACCAUACCUUGUGGCACAAUUCAUUAACGGUGACAUUGAUUUAUAUCUGUUUGUGCUGAUUAUUCCAUGUCAACUUGACAUG